ACCUUCGAAGAAAAACUCCUCUAUCGCUCCCGGCUGCCUGCCUUUUUUUUUGAGUCUUUCUUGGGCUUCCGUCUGCACCCUGCCUCCUUUCUUCCGGUCGGUCAGUUUCGCCUCCGCCUUCCAGGUACGUCGGCUGCUUGGGCCAUUGUUCGUGCCGUUGAUGCCGGCAUCUUCCCCUUUUGCCAUCCCUCUUCCUGUCUCCGUCUGCGUCCCCCCAAAUUCUGGCUCUCAUCCCGCUGAUCAUUCGAACUUCAGAACAGUUCAUGACCUUGUAAUUACUCUCACCCUCACGCCGGCCGAUUCGAUUGAGCGUCAUCCGACAGGACCAACACCGGCGGCACCUUUGAUUGAUGACCAUGGCUAGACAUACUUCCCUGGACUCCGAACGACCCAUCAUGACUCAGUCCAACCGGACAUCAAAACGGUUCUCGACCGUUAGCGGAAGCCCUUCCGUCGCUUCCUCGGAGCGCACCUUAGGAAAUCUGCCCAGCGGCGACCCGCGUCUGGCCGAAUUCCACAAUCUGCGCGACGGACUGGAGCGUCUGGAGAACAAGCCACUUCAGAAGCAGCGCUUCGUGCCCACUCCCGAAAAAAGCGACAACCUGAGUAAAUUGGCGCUCGGUGCGAAGGUGGAACGAGCCCUGGACCGGCGAAUGACUGGUCAGGAUGCUAUCAUGCGAAAGCCCAUCCUGGAUGAGAAGGCGGCUCUCGAAUCUUCGGCUUCCCCGUAAACUUAUCAGCGACCUGUUUAAUAUUGCGCGCCCCCCGGCCUACAAAUCGGCUUUUCCAUGUGAUACCUUUUUCUUUUUCCUUCUGGUUUUCUUUCCCCUUUUGGUGAUGUUGCCUCGGAUUUCUUUUUCUUUUUUUCAGAGCUGCUUCUUGCCAUGAUGUUCAUUGUCGUUUCAUGUCGACUUCUCCAUAUUGGCGAAUCCUAUGAAUGAGUUUGAUACCUAUUAUCCUUUUGAUGAGAAGCUUAUCCCCAUGUCAUCAUACCCCCCAAUCUUCGAGUCAGUCGUCGUGCUUGUAAUCUUUUGCCGCACCGGAACAUGUGUUUCUCUUGUGUCUCUUCUUUUCCUUUGGCCGUUGGUGGCUUUGCUAUUCCAAUUCGCUGGAGGUUUCUGUCUUUUUCUCGCAAAUGUAUCUAUUUACCUACCUACCUACCUACCUAAUCAACAUGUCCAUAUAGACGUUAUGAC